AUUUGUGAAUCGAGAUUUAGGAUUCCUCAACCAUAGAAAUUAAAUUGAAUACGAUAAAGAUAAUCGUUUUUUUUUCUUGUAAUAGAUAUAAGAAAUACAUACUAUGAUUUAAAAUCAUUCUUCGUCUCUAUACGAGGGUAGCGUUGGGCCUUUGCUAAGAGGAUAAUAAUAAAACUAGGCCAUUAAUAUAUGCAUCGCAGUUGAAUACAAUAAAUGCAUGGCGAUAAAAUUAGAUAUUCAAUAACGGGAAGGGGUCGGAGGUCCGCCAUUUUGGAGCUUCGGUCAGACGGGGCUACGGGCGAAGGGGGACGGCGCAUGCGUACAGCUCGCACCCGCACCCUGUUAGGGCCGGGACUUCUGCAAGUGCCAUGUCAAAAAACACGUUAUUCUCUCCCCUAAUUCUACUAACCUAGUACGUCUUAAUAAGUGAAAUUAAUCACAUACGCCCUGAUUUACGUGAUUCCACAAUAAUACGUUAUCUCCGACCGGCAUCGAGGAAUCGCGAAGAACUCUUGAAAUAUUUAUCAGCCCCAACAAUGACAGGGAACGGCUGAUUGGACAGUGAUUCAUUGGUGUUAAUAUUUAUGUGGGAACAUCGGACAUCUUUCGGUAAAAACCAGUGAACGAUUUACAAGUGUUAUAAAAACUAUAUUUUAGUAAACAUAGUGGAUGUGCAAUCAGUGACAACUGUGACAAGUGACUCUCUGGAUCUGAAUUGCAGCGAUUAGUAAGAAUAAUAAUGGGAUGACAUUAAAUACAGAUGGAAAAGGUUUGGCGUCGGGUUGGUCUCCAUUCCUCUCGCAAGAAGAGGGAUGGAAGCGGAACUAGCCGAGAACCGCCGCCGCCAUCCGCACCACAGGAAGCUGAAUACCAGAACAUACAUACGCUGAGAACAGCUGACUUGAUAAGACAAAGGCAGGGCGAGGAGAAAUCGACCCUACGCUCCUCCUACAUUAUAAGGAACGGGGAUAACUUUAUACUGGUCGAAAGACGUCGUCGUCGGCGUCGUCGAAGUGGAACCAGAGCUUCAUCUGGCAGCCGACAUCAUACUCCACCUGUGGAGGAAAACGCUCGCGCGGAACAGAAGCGACGCCCUCCAGCCAGAUUGAAGAUCUUCGGCAUACAAUGGCCAUUACAUUCCAGCGACUCUAGGCACACGUCAAUAACUCGUCGAUUCUGUCGCGGGAGGCGCUCCCGUGAGGACAACGAGCUCUACCGCUCCAACAGCUUCAAGUUCGAGAGGUUCGCCAGGGAACCGCCGGCUGAUGAGUUCGCUUCAGGAUCACAGGUAUGUACACUGCCACCAUCAUCCUAGCCUGUGCCCAACUAUGUUGGGGUCGGCUUCCAG